UCUUCAAAUCUCUCUUUCUCUCGUUCUCUUCAACUCCAUUGUAAUGGCUUCGUCACUUCUGACAUACUCCACUAUGAUCCCGACCACCGGUUCCACGGUGGUUGUCCGGUCAGUGUUACCCAUCCGAUCUUCCCUGCCCUCACUUCGCCAAACCUGUCAGCACAACAGACCAACCUUGUUCAUCUCAUGUUACUCCUCUGUGUCUGAAAAGGUGGCAAGUAGUGGUAGUGACCUCAAACCCGUCGUGGAACGGUGGCCAGAGUACAUACCUAAUAAGCUCCCCGACAAGAAUUAUGUGAGAAUAUUGGACACGACGCUCCGUGAUGGCGAGCAAUCUCCAGGUGGAGCCCUUACUCCACUGCAGAAGCUAGAGAUUGCCCGGCAACUCGCUAAACUCCGAGUAGACGUCAUGGAUGUCGGUUUUCCGGCGUCGUCUGAGGAAGAGUUAGAAGCCGUUAAAACCAUCGCCAAGACCGUUGGGAACGAGGUUGAUGAGGAAACAGGUUACGUCCCGGUAAUAUGCGUCAUUGCACGAUGCAAACAUGAAGACAUCGAGGCUGCUUGGGAGGCGUUGAAGUACGCGAAGAGGCCGAGGAUAUUCAUAUUCAUAUGUACAAGUGACAUUCACAUGAAAUAUAAGUUGAAAAGGACUAAAGAACAAGUGAUCGAGAUGGCCAAAAGUGGUAUUAGGUUCGCUAAAAGAAUAGGCUUUCGUGACAUCCAAUUUGGUUGCGAGGACGGCGGCAGAUCAGAGAAGGCUUUUCUAUGCAAGAUUAUCGGAGAAGCGAUAAAAGAGGGCGCAACCACGGUGACCCUUGCGGACACGGUAGGGAACAACAUCCCGCAAGAAUUCGGGGAAAUCGUAACCUAUCUCAAAGCAAACACUCCUGGAAUCGAUGAUGUUGUCUUAAGCCUUCAUUGUCACAACGACCUUGGUCUUGCUACCGCCAACACAAUCGCCGGUGUAUGUGCGGGAGCAAAACAAGUAGAAGUAACGGUCAACGGAAUAGGUGAAAGAAGUGGGAAUGCGUCACUUGAGGAGGUUGUAAUGGCUUUGAAAUGUCGUGGAGCACAUGUGAUGGAUGGUGUUUACACAAGAAUUAACACAUGCCAUAUUAUGGCUACCAGCAAGAUGGUUCAAGAGUAUACUGGGUUAUAUGUUCAACCACAUAAACCCAUAGUUGGCGCCAAUUGUUUUGUUCAUGAGAGCGGCAUUCACCAGGAUGGAAUGUUAAAAUAUCGGAGUACAUAUGAAAUCUUCUCACCAGAAGACAUCGGGGUCGAAAAAUCUCAAGAUUCCGGUAUUGUUCUUGGAAAGCUUAGUGGACGUCAUGCUGUGAAAGAUCGGCUAAGAAAGUUGGGAUAUGAAAUCAGUGAUCAGAAAUUCAACAACAUCUUCUCACGGUUCAGGGAGUUAACCAAGCAGAAAAAGAGGAUUACGGACGCUGAUCUUAAUGCAUUGAUGGUGUACGGUGAUAAAAUCUCAUCAGAGAAAAUAACUGUUGUGGAAAUAACAUCACUAGCUAUACCAAUCCCUCAGAUUUCAUCUUUCUUAUAAAUAUGUAAACAUGUUCUGUGUUUGUGUAAUCAGGAGAAAAUGAUCCAAAUCUUACUAGGAUGAGUGCCACAUCAUAAUCUUCUAUCAUCAAUAUGUUUAACUUCAAUCCCGAUAAGCCAAGCUCCUAAAGAAACAUCGUGCCAACACUCUUCUUCUUGUGCCAAUCUUCUUAUUCAUCUUUCCCUUUGCUUGGGAAAGAUCGUGCCAACACUCUUCUUCUUGUGCCAACACUCUUCUAAAGAAACAUCGUGCCAACACUCUUCUUCUUGUGCCAAUCUUCUUAUUCAUCUUUCCCUUUGCUUGGUCUGAUACAAACAAAUAAACAAAUAACCCAAAGUAACAACCAGCGCAAAGCACGGACCAAACCACUAGUCUGUAAAUAAAUAUAGACGCAUGCAAUUUAUAUUAUGCCCCAUGGACCACUUCAAAAGAAAAAAAAAGUAAUUUAUAUCAAUAAUAAGCUAUAAAUAUAGUAUAUAUUUUUAUAAAAUGAGUUUUCGUGUGAUAUUACCCAGAUUUUUACCUAGUUUAAACAAUAAGACGGGAAUAAAUUAACAAGAGAUACAAUCUUUGUCAUUUUAGAAACUCUCGACACUAAAAUUUUUCUUACGGAUUUAGAUAUUAAAUGAAAUAAAACAUAAUGCCAAAAACCUUUGGAAAAGUCUGCUUUUUUGUUUUACAAACUACGCUUACGAAAUCAUACACUUGGCAUUAGGGUUUUCGUCACUGAAUAUCAUGUACUUCUCCAUUUCCU